CAUCCGGGAUAGCCAAGAAAUUCAACAUGGCGACAGACUCCAUAACCUAAAACAUCAACAUUUAGAGUUUAUUAGCCUUUAGCUGUCGGCAUUCUCAUCAAAAUGGUUGAACCAAACGAAGGUUUCGUUAACACCCUUCUGAAUAUGGGAUUUGUUGACAGCGCUCAGAUCCGCAAAGCGCUCAUUUUGGCCAAGAACGACUUGAACGUUGCGGUAGCCGUGCUCACUGGUGAAGGAACAAGUUUUGAUUUCGAAGAUACGGAAGUGAAAGAUACUGAGACACAACAUGGCUCGGACGAUGGAGGAAUGGAUGUCAUAAUUCCUCCUUUAGUAGACCCCACAGACGGUGAAGAAGGUGAGGUAUUUGAGACUCCAGUAGGCGAACCACCUUCUUACGACGAAGCCAUGAACCCUGCAGGUUUGUCCUCAAACGGGGCUAGUCACAUUCGAGAUGGUCCUGAAAGCAUGGAGAUUCCUCUGGAAUUUCCUACAACGAAUCUGUAUGAAUUGGAAGACAGGGUUUUUGUGGAUAACUGGUCAAUCCCUUACAAAAGAGAAGAAUCAUUGGGGAAAUGUCUUCAGAGUGCAGCCCGAUUUGCCCAAGAUGGUCUUGCUGAGGCAGAUGAAAACUGUAAGAGAUUUAUGGACAGGGCAUUGCCUGAAUGCUUUAAAAAGGUGUGUGUAACAGCUAAUUGCAUUUUGUAAAGUCUACUAAGGGUCUAUUACAAAUGCCAUGCUCUUAUUGGCUACACUACCCACCAUCUAUUCUGUUGUAAGUAGUGAGUAGCCUAGUCAUUUGCAUUUGUCAUCAAACUGGAU